UCCCUCUUCGUGCCUGGUGGGGAGAUCUGCUGUGGAAGCUCCAGAGACACACAGGCAGCACUGUUCCUCUGCUGCAUUUGUGUGGAGUUCUCCAGAAAUGCUGACCAGGAGGGCCAUCCGUUGUGCUGACGAGUAAUAUUUCCCCUGUGCCCGGCUUUAUUUGGUGGCCUGAGAUGUUCUCUGGGCUUUGGACACUGGAUGGACGCAACUGGAAAAGGUUGCACCCAACAACAAAGCCAGUGAUCUUGAAAGUUCUUGGCAGCCAUAUGUUCAAGGUUCCUGAUGGGAGCAGCGUUUGUCUGAGAGAAGGCGACAUCCUUCUGCUGUUGAACAAGCUUGAUAAAGAUUGGUGGCAGGUCAGAAAAAUCGGAGAUUGUGAAAGCACCAAACCAUUCCAUGUGCCCACCUCUUAUAUCAAUGACCUGAUCACUCAAAGAAAUGUGGGACACAGAAGCAGAGGCAAGAAGAGUUUAGGAUACAAACUGUUUCAUAGAUCCCAGGAUAACCUACUGGCUUCCCCUUGUACACCCUCUAUAAUGGAACAACACUUAAUGAACCAGAAUGGUGAAGAUUCUCCAAAGAAAGAAUCCGAGCAGAAGAGUUUAGCACCCAAUAUGACGAGAGCACAUAAAAAGUCUGCUAGCUUUUCCCUCAGUUCUUCUUGGCACGGACAGUUCCCUAAAAGUGAAAAGCAGCAAAGCUCAUUCCAAAAGUGUGUUUCUGAGAAGAUGAGUUUGGCUAACACAAUGCAGGAGACUCCAGUUUACUGCAAUCUGGAGGAGAUGAAGAAGAGGAAGGGAGCUCCUCCUAGUCCCACGUGUGCUCCUGUCCACAUUCUGAAAAAUUGGGAAUGCCAUGUGGACCCCACAACAGGCAGGAACUUCUUCAUUAACAUAGAAACCAAGGAGAAAACAUGGAAGCCUCCAAGGAAUUCUAAGGACAGGACCUCAGGCUGUGCCGUAACUCCUCCAGUAGAAUUUGAAUCAUCUGAGGAAAAUGAGCCGGCAUCUACAUUACAGCCAGAGAUCUGUGACUCGUGUGAAGAGCAGAACACGUCCUCCGUAAGCAGUUUGUCGUCUUCCUGCAGCAGUCUGUACAGCCUGAGCUGUGAUGGACCGAAACCUGAGCACCAGUCCCCAAAGCUCUCCUACACCAGGUCUAUGAUCUUAUCCCACUCCCAACGGCCAAGGUCGAACCAUCGGAGGAACCUCUCACAUCAUCUGGUUGAAAGUUAUAAUAAUUCAAACACAAAUGCAGAUCUCAACAAAAACACACUGGUCACUGUCCUGGAUGUACCCCAUGAGAUGGAAAAGUCAGGUCAGUUAAACAAGACAAAGAUUGCAGAAGGUGGACGGAAGCUGAAGAAAAACUGGACUACAUCAUGGGUAGUUCUGACUGGAAAUAGUCUAGUAUUCUUCAAGGACCCAAAAGUUCAGGUCCCAUCUGGUUGGAACCCAUCCAAUAGCAAGCCUGAAAGCAGCGUGGAUCUGAGAGGUGCCUGCAUUGGCUGGGCUCAGGAUAUGUCUAGUAAAAAGAACGUGAUUCAUCUCCGCAUGGUAACAGGCAAUGAGUUCCUUCUGCAAUCUGACCGGGAGACUGUUGUCCAGGAAUGGUAUGAUGCCCUGCAGAGAGUCAUCGAGAGACUGGAACGAGAAAAUCCCCGGGAUGAGAUUAUUUUAAGAAGAGCAGGCAGCAUGGAGGUCCUGGAUGGGAGUGGUGAAGAAGAGGACAGCAGCUCUUUGAAGUCUAAAGAUAGCUGGAAAUUCCCAUUAUCCUGGGUGAGCAACAAUGUGGGGGGUGUGGAUAAGAAGAAGGUAAAACAUAGGUUGAAGAAAAUGCUGAUGAAAAGACCUCCUCUACAGACCCUACAGGAGAAAGGGCUUAUUAAAGAUCAAGUGUUCGGCUGCCGGCUGGAUGCUCUUUGUUAUCGAGAACACAGUACAGUCCCAAAGUUUGUGCGACUUUGUACAGAAGCUGUAAAUGAAAGAGGGCUGGAUGUCGAUGGGAUUUACAGGGUGAAUGGAAACUUGUCCACCAUACAGAAACUCAGGUUCAUUGUAGACAGAGAGAGGGCAGUAACAACGGAUGGACGGUACCUUUUUCCGGAACAGCUCACCCAAGAGGAGAAGCUGGAUCUGGACAGCAGUGAGUGGGAAGAUAUUCACGUCAUCACAGGUGCUCUGAAGAUGUUCUUCCGUGAACUUCCCGAGCCGCUCAUUCCUUUCAGCAUGUUUGAUGAACUUGUAUCCGCAGUUCAGAUUCCAGACAUAGCAGAGAGGGUGGAGACCAUGAAAGAGCUAGCGAGUACCCUCCCUGAACCAAACCACGACACAUUGAAGUACAUAACAUGCCACCUGAACAGAGUCAGAGAACACUCCGAGAUGAAUCGCAUGACCACUCAGAAUGUCGGCAUUGUCUUUGGUCCAACACUGAUGAGGCCUGAGAAAGAACUGUUUGCUAACAUUGCAGCCAAUAUGGUUUAUCAGAACCAAGUGGUGGAACAUUUUCUCACUUACUACGAGGAGAUCUUUCCAAGUGGUCCAGAGGAAUAGAGACGUUGUUCCUACAGAGAAACUAUGAAGAAACAAAGUUGGUUAUUUUUGAAAACAUUUAUAAAGCACUUUGCAGUGGUAUACUAGUUCUACAAAGACCGCAAAAUGAGAAUAAGAGCUUUUAUGAUGGAGUUUUACAAAGUACAUUACAUAUACUGUAUAAUAAAGUUACUACACUGGCAGGUAAAAAAAACCCAAAACUUUAUUAAUGAAAUACUGGACAAAGGCAUGAAGAUCAGAUAAUGGUGUUGGCAGAGACAUCUCCACCUUGGACUCAUAAUGCACCUUUUUGCACAUUGGAAGUGAUUCAAGGUCAAUCGUAUGCUGUUUUAUAGCAGAUGGUUAGAAUAAUUGCAGAUUCUUUGUUGUUGUUUUUUUACCUUAUGCUUAAAGAUUGAAUUAUGUCA